UGACGAGAGUACGUGAACAAUGAAAUGCAUCUGUAUAAACAUAAACAAGUAUACGUGUGUUAGUGUCAUCCGGUCAAUAUUCAUGUUAUUAACCAUUUCUAAAGUCGCUAUAAAAUCAACGAUAUUUCGCCAAAAAACGUCUCUUUUUUUCCAGAAAAGCUAUGAACAACUUAUUGUUUUGGCCGCUAAUUUGUUCAUGGAUUUAUUUGCCGUUGUUCACAGCAAAAACUGAGUUUAAGACAAAGAUGAUUUCGGAACCAGAGCUUGUAAUAUGGACAGAAUGGACCUCGUGGAGCAAGUGCACAGUUACAUGUGGGCACGGGCUGCAGUAUCGUCGUCGUGAGUGUGUCUCUCAUCACUCCCUGGUGAGCACUUCGUUUGGAAUUGCCCAAUCAUUCCAAUCAUUGCAUAACUCUAUUAGUAACUGCCCUCAAAAGAUGCAGAAUCAGCUUCAAAAAUGCAGUUAUGUUCAGUGUCCUAUUUUAUUGAAACCUGUUGUAUUCUGCCAACCACCUGUCCAAGUUCUUCACGGAGAAAUACAGGGAGAAACCAAACCUGUUGUUGGUUCGUACCUUGGGUUUAGCUGUAAGAAUGGUUUUAAGCUCAUUGGUCCCGACCAAGUUCGCUGUUUGAGGUCCAUUGACGGAACUGCAAGAUGGAGCGCCCCCAUCCCCGCUUGUUUACCCACAAAAGCUGCACCUGUAUUCUGCUCGUUCGAUAAUGAUUGGUGUGACUUACAACAAGAGCAGGAAGACGAUUUUGACUGGAAAAGACAGAGAGGCCAGACAUCUUCUAUGCACACUGGUCCUAAGUCAGAUCAUACGUCAUCGAACUAUCCGGGCUCUUUUAGAGGAACAGGUUAUUAUAUAUACACUGAAACAUCUACUCCAAGAAUCAAAGGCGAGAAAGCACGGCUGAUGACACCAUGGAUAGCACAAACAGAAACAGGGUUCUGUUUGAAAUUUUGGUAUCAUAUGUACGGAAGCAGUGUGGGGUCGUUGAGGGUUUUCAUACAAUUGAUCGAAGAGAAUGGAGCAGUAGAAGAAACCAAAUAUUUCGACAAGACAGGAAACCAUGGGGAUUUUUGGUUAGAAACAGCUUUGAACAUUCCUAUAAGUAACACUGAAAUCAGAGUGAUAUUUGAAGGCGUUGUAGGAGCUGACAUCUACGGUGAUAUUGCCCUUGACGACAUUUUUCUUGAAGAUCAUCAGUGCAUUGAACGAAUUAACUACCAGAAAAGCAAGGGAUAUCGUAAGAUCAAUAUAAAGAAUAUGUAACCGUCAGUAUAUGUAUUCUGAAAUAUUAUCAAAAACAUUCAGUGCUUUUGGAAAAUAAAACCAUUUGAACAAAAACGUU